AUGGACACCGAAGGUGUUGGAUUUUUGUUGUUGUGGUUCACCCAGCUUACUGUUCUUCAGGCUCUGCCUGACAGCUCGAAAUCUCAUAAGCACAAAACGUUUAAACUAUGUCGGACUCUUGACCAUGCCACCUGUGAGCUCCCACUGGCCUAUGCUUCUUGGGUCGAACGAAGUUGCCAGAUGGCUGGAUGGGAACUGAUCGCGUGCUCGACUGGCGGGACCCACCCGACUCAUCAGUCAUCCUCGAAAUCUCCGACAGAGUGUCGUGCGGCUGCUUCCUCCUCUGUACAUUGGCACUGCUGCUGUAGUUGCGCUGUCCCACCGAUUCUUGCACAUUCUUACGCGAGGUCCUUGCUCCUACUGACCCACCACCCUUCAUCCUAUCACAUAUAA